AGUAACUGUGCAGGGCAUGGUUCUACAUCCACUUUUACUCCCGGGUCUAGUCAUGAUAUCGCGCCCAGUUGACAGCCUUCCAGAACUGUCACAUUCUCUCGAGAUACACGCGACGAGGCCGCUAUCAAGCACUGCCCUUUGUCAACCAAGGUUUCAUACAAAGGCAAGCAGCCAUCGUAUCAUUUCCCUCAGUUUUCAAUUUAUACUUCUUCCUUCCUCAAGUUAAUCUCGAGUAAACAUGGGUCUCAGCCCCAAAGGCAUCCUUGCAGCGGUGACAAUCGCAAUGUAUACCCCCUUCCUACUUGCUUCCUUCAAAGUGGUGUCCAAGUACGGUAUAGCACGAGGGUGGAUCUUGUUGAUGUUCUUCUGCAUCAUUCGAAUCAUGGGUGGUUCUUUUCUUGUUGCAGCUGAAGAAAUUACGCCCGUCCACACUGGACUUUACAUCGGUGGUUACGCCCUUGAAGCAAGUGGCCUAUCCCCACUGUUACUUUGCACGCUCGGUCUGUUUCACUUAGUAUUCCAGACCCCUGAUGGUGGAUCAAGAUUUAACAAGCCAUUGCUCCUUCUUGAACUCCUCGGUUUGGCCGCCGUCUGCCUUACCGUCUUUGGUAUCGUCAAUUCGUCAAGUUCGAGUGCGAACAUCAUGCGCCGGACAGGUGUCAUCCUCUUUGUCGUCCUAUACAUUAUUGUUGUCGGCAUUUGCCUCUUUCUAUGGAGCCAAGUCCGCUCUGUCAUGAAAUACCGAAAGCAGCUCCUGAAGGUCAUCUCCAUCGCACUUCCAUUCCUGGCGGUCCGGACGGUGUACAGCGUCCUGUCCAUGUUUUCUUCGAGCACGUUUGUCGUUUCGACGACAUCCCCCCAACCCAACACUAGCGACCUGGCGAAGUUCAACAUACUCACGGGCGAAUGGCAAAUCUUCCUCGUAAUGGACAUGCUCAUGGAGUAUGCGGUUGUGAUCAUCUACACUGUUGCCGGUCUCGUGCUGCCCCUUAACCUGGAUUAUAAAUCCCCUGACUUGGAUCAAGACGAGUACUCCUUGAGCAGGCCUCAAUAUUGAUGGUGGGCGUCGAAGCACCAGUCAAUUAGAGUGGCGUCCAAUUGUGAAGCGAUCAGAACGGUUCUGAUAGGAGUCUUUAUUUAAUGGUGUAAUGAAAGUGUAACGAAAUUUUAUUUCUGUCUUGUGUUCAAUACCACUGGAUAUUGAUAUUUUGCGACUGCAUGCUGUCCGUUC